AUUCAACCAGUUAUACUACAGCAUCAGGGGAGUUUUCCACAUAGGGAUAGUGUGAAAUGAAAGUAAAAGGAGAGAGAGAGAAAGAAAGAAAGAAAGACAGACUGCGCUGCUAAAGGAGACUAAAACCCAGAGGAGCUUAAAGAUGGCCAGCACUACUAUACCACUUACUAAUGUACAAAGUGGCUACACCAUUGUCACUCAGGUCAUUCCCACAUCAACAGAACAAAACACACCUGAGACACCAAGCCCACUGCGCAAAUUCCUGAAAGGAGAACCCAAAGCACUGGGAGCUGUCCAAAUAACAAAUGGUUUCUGGAUGUUUUUCCUCGGCCUGGUGAGCAACACUUUACCCAUCUUCAGCCUUUACAACUUCAUAUUCUGGGUCUCAUUGCUCCACAUCAGUGCUGGUGCUCUGACUGUCUCAGGGAGCAAGAACCUCCAACCCUGUGUGGUGAAGGGUGCUAUGGUACUGAAUAUUCUUAGUGCAAUAUGUACAGUUAUCAGCAUCGUUAUGCUUUCCCUUGAUUUGGUUAUGCAGCUGAACUGCUACAGAUGCAGCAAUUACUCGAACUCCCCCAGUGGUGUUAUUGGCAUUUUGCUGUUUUUUUCCCUGCUCCAGCUCGCCAUCUCCAUCAGCACCUCAGCUUUUGCCCGUAAAGCCACAUGUUCAAAUAAACCUAAUCUAAGCGUCAUCAACAUGGUUGCAAAUCCUGAGAGAUGUGUUGCUCUGGACAAUUCCUUCCCAGCUCAUCAGGCUCACCCCCUGAACAUCCUUAACAUGGUUCCAAAUCUUGAGGGAUAUGUUCCUGUGGACAAUACCUUCCCAACUCAUCAUGUUCACCCAGGGAUCAGCACAAGCACCACUGUUCCCAUGAACAGCUUGCCUGUUGAAAGUCCUCCAGCAUACAGCGAAACAUACAACUGAAGAUAAUU